GCGUGAGGAGAGCGAUACGCGAUCGUCACAGUGACAAAAGAUAACAUGCGUUAUCGCGGUGGGCACGGACUCCCGGCACAGUCCUGUCCUUUCACUCGGUCCCCGGUCUCUCCGGACAGACCGCGACGUGGUCGAGUGAGCGCAUGUAGCACGCCUGAACGAAGUGACAUCCCCGAGGAACUGCCUCCUCCCCUCCUCGUCGUCCGUCGAUCAUGAGGACGGAAGCAUCGGCGUGGACGCAGGCGAUCCCCCCCACACGCGGCAGACGAUGAGACCCUGGAUCCUCCUCUUCUCUUGGCUCUGGGGCUGGGCGGCGCUCGGUCUUCCCCCCUGCCCGAAGCCGGACCUCAUCGCACCUUGCACCUGCGAGUUCGGCGAGGCGGGGCCCGACUUCGACGCUCCGACCGAUUCACCCGUCUUCGUCGACUGCUCCGCGGCGACCGCGAGCGAGAUCUUCUCCGCCUUCAACGACGUCGCCUGGGCCUCCGACCAAAAGUAUUUCGAUAUCUGGUGGAACGACGCGCUGACGGAUCUCCCCUCGGGAGUCUUCGGAGACGUCUCGUUCCAUGCAAUUCAGAUCCACGGAGCCCGAAACCUGGAACGCAUGGACCCGGACGCCCUGGAGCGCUCGGGCGACCGGCUCCGAGACCUCACCGUCGCGUUCUGCCGCCUCGGGGACUUCCCGUGGGAGGCCCUCCCGCGACUGGGGGAGCUGAGGAGCGUGGACGCGAGCGACAACGCCAUCGCGAGGCUCCCCGCGAUCGAGAGCCCCACGCUGCAGAGUCUCUACCUACAGCAGAAUGACAUCUCUGACGUUCGGGCCGGGUGGGCCACGCCCGAAUUGAAGGUUCUGGACUUGGACAACAAUCCCAUCUCGUCCCUCCCGCCCGAAUUCUUGGAGGGGCUUGGGAGCCUGGAGAGCUUCUCCUGCUGGGGAUGCCGCCUGGGACCGACCCUUCCCUCGGGGUCCAUGGCCUUCCGCAGUCCAGCCCUCAAGGUCGUCGAGCUCUACGGCAACGGCAUCGAGAUCGUGGAGCCGGGAGCCAUCACGGGUCUCACGGCCGACACUCGAGUGAAUCUGCACUACAACCGGAUCUCUUCGCUGAGGGAAGAGUCGCUGAGGGGAAUGUUGGAGGCUCUCUCGCCGGGGACGGGGCAGCUGGACGUGUAUGGGAAUCCGGUUGAAUGCGGCUGCAGCAUGGCCUGGAUCGUCCUGGAUCCGGAGUUCCUUAAAAGUGUGAAGGGAGAGUGCAAGGAUGGAACCGCUUUUCAGGAAUUGGAUCCGGGUUCCUUUCGGGAUCGUUUAUCGUGACGAGAUCCGGGAGGUGUCGGGGCGAUCGUUCCACCGUGAGACUUUAGCGUGAGAUCCCCCCGGUUUCUGCGUUCCAUUCAUAAAAGAGGGACUUUUAUGCAGAACCACUGCAUUGACGUCUUGAAAAAGCUGAUAUUGAUCUGUGGAACCUCUGCGUUACUUCGUUAAAAUGGUUCGAAAGCUUAAAUAAAAGGAGGUCGGCAUGCAACGAGUCAACUACGAGUCGAAGGUGAAAAUUAACGGAAUUCUCGAGUCUUUUCUAUCACGAUGAAGCCAAAAGAUCCCGACUCUUGAAGAAGCAGAGAACCAAUCCGACUCAGUGGCGAAUCGCGUAGAUCAUCGUAGAGCUUUUAGGGGAAUAUUCGCGUCAUCUUAAAAAAAAAAAGAAUUUCCAUGGUUAUGACGCCGGGAGAAGGAUUAACCAUGUUUUGUGGAAUGGUAGAGAUUUAGCGAGAUUGACGCUCUAAUGUCUCGU